UAUUAUGUCAUAAUCGUUGCCCCAAUCUCCCGAUUAAAAAAACGACGUCUCGUUUCGAAAAAGAAAAAGAAAAAGAAAACAAUGUAUCAGGCAGGCAGUGAAGCUGGAAAAUCUAGUAGUAGGCUUGUUUUGUCCGCGUGCGAUUGUGAAAGAACAAGUCCAUUUCUUGUACACAAAUUUCGUAUUUCCUCCUAAUACAUAAUUCGAUCACACGCACCAACCAUCAAAUAAUUGAUCAGUUUCGUUGAAUUCAAUAAUCCAUAUACCCAGCUAUGCUGUGUACAAGCAAUUAUUAAAAUCCCAUGUUGCACCAACUUCAGUUACGUGUUCCCGGCCAAGACAUAAACAACACCAAAGCUCCGAUUUUGACUUUUGAGUGUAUCCGUCAAAGUCAUGAAAUUUAGAUCUCUUACCCAAUACCCAUCUGAAAUCUGAGCCCCAAUUGAGCUACAAUGGCUGGAUUCUUGGUUUUGGUGGCGGUGGGCUUGAUGGGUCUGUGCAUGAAUGGUAGUUGGGGGUUGGAAGCGGGUCAGGAGGCUCCGAGGAGGAUCCAUACCCUGUUCUCGGUGGAGUGUCAGGACUACUUCGACUGGCAGACUGUGGGUCUCAUGCGCAGUUACAAGAAGGCCGGGCAACCCGGCCCUAUUACCCGACUCCUCAGCUGUACGGAUGACGAGAAGAAGAAGUACAAAGGGAUGCAUUUGGCUCCCACUUUUCAGGUGCCUUCCAUGAGCAGGCACCCCAAGACUGGUGACUGGUACCCUGCUAUUAACAAACCAGCUGGAGUUGUGCACUGGCUUAAGCACAGUAAAGAAGCUGAGAAUGUUGAUUGGGUUGUGAUUCUGGAUGCGGAUAUGAUCAUACGGGGGCCAAUCGUUCCUUGGGAACUUGGUGCUGAGAAAGGCAAACCUGUUGCAGCAUAUUACGGGUACUUGGUUGGAUGUGAUAAUAUUCUGUCUCAACUACACACAAAGCACCCAGACCUCUGUGAUAAGGUUGGUGGGCUUUUAGCCAUGCAUAUGGAUGAUCUUCGAGCAUUGGCACCCAUGUGGCUUUCGAAAACAGAAGAAGUGCGCGAAGAUAGAGCUCACUGGACAACUAAUAUAACUGGUGACAUCUACGGGAAAGGAUGGAUCAGUGAGAUGUAUGGAUAUUCUUUUGGUGCAGCAGAGGUUGGUCUUCAGCACAAAAUAAAUGAUAACUUAAUGAUCUACCCAGGCUAUACUCCACGAGAGGGUGUUGUGCCUAUUCUUUUUCACUAUGGCUUGCCAUUUAGUGUAGGUAAUUGGUCUUUUAGUAAAUUAGAUCACCAUGAAGAUGGUAUUGUUUAUGACUGUGGCCGACUCUUUCCUGAACCUCCGUAUCCAAAAGAGGUAAAACUGAUGGAAUCUGAUCCAAAUAAAAGGCGAGCUCUUCUUAUGAAUUUAGAGUGCAUUAACACUUUGAAUGAGGGUCUUUUACUACAACAUGCAGCAAACGGUUGCCCGAAGCCAAAGUGGUCAAAAUACUUGAGCUUUCUGAAAAGCAAAACUUUUGCUGAACUGACUCGGCCAAAACAGCUGACUCCUGCUACUUUACAAUUUGAGAAGGCAGUACAUGUAGUACAGGCAGUACAGCAGCAAGUUGUCGAUGAGCCCACGAAGCCACAUCCAAAAAUCUACACCCUUUUUUCUACAGAAUGCACCCCUUACUUUGAUUGGCAGACUGUAGGACUUGUCCACAGUUUUCACCUGAGUGGCCAACCUGGAAAUAUCACACGAUUACUCAGCUGUACUGAUGAAGAUUUGAAGCAAUAUACCGGCCAUGAUCUGGCUCCCACCCAUUAUGUCCCUUCCAUGAGCCGACAUCCAUUAACGGGCGAUUGGUAUCCAGCAAUUAACAAACCAGCUGCAGUCCUUCAUUGGCUUAAUCAUGCAAAUACUGAUGCAGAGUACAUAGUGAUUCUUGAUGCUGAUAUGAUCUUGAGAGGCCCAAUUACACCAUGGGAAUUCAAAGCAGCACGUGGCCGACCAGUUUCAACUCCCUAUGACUAUCUUAUUGGCUGUGACAAUGAGCUUGCAAACCUCCAUACUCGCCAUCCUGAAGCCUGUGACAAGGUUGGGGGUGUUAUCAUCAUGCACAUAGAUGAUCUACGAAAGUUUGCUUUACUAUGGUUGCAUAAAACAGAGGAAGUCCGGGCGGACACAGCUCACUAUGCCACAAAUAUUACUGGAGAUAUAUAUGAAUCUGGUUGGAUUAGUGAGAUGUAUGGUUACUCAUUCGGGGCAGCAGAGUUGAAACUAAGGCAUCAGAUUAGUAGCGAGAUACUGAUAUACCCAGGAUAUGCUCCUCAACCUGGUAUCAGAUACAGAGUAUUCCACUACGGUUUGGAAUACAAGGUUGGAAAUUGGAGCUUUGAUAAGGCAAACUGGAGGAAUGUUGACGUGGUUAAUAAGUGCUGGGGCCAGUUUCCAGACCCACCCGACCCUUCAACACUUGAUCAGACAGACAAGAACAAACUGCAGACGGAUCUGCUUAGCAUAGAAUGCAUAAAGACACUAAAUGAAGCACUACGCCUGCAUCAUGAGAGGAGGAACUGCCCUGAUCCCAAUUCCUUGUCCAACUCAAACUCCGAUGCAGCAGAGGAAGUUGUAGUGUCAAGGAAAUUUGGCAAGUUGGAUACAAGUCAUGUUGUAGGAAGCAACCGUGCGGAAAUGAAUCAUUCUCAGGAAAUUUCAGAACCUACUUUGACAGAUGGGUUGUUCAGUUCUGUGAGGUUCUGGGUUGUGGCUCUAUGGGCAUUCUGUGGCUUGGGCUUCUUGACGGUCGCGUCAGUGCUGUUUUCAGGCCGUAGAGGGAAAGGUAAAAGAGGUAAAAGUUAUAGAAUUAAGAGAAGAAAUUCUGGUUCAGGAUUCAUGGAUAUUAAUGGACGUGAUAGGCAUUUGCGUGGAGGUGAAGUACUUUUAUGACAUUGCAUUUUAUUAUUGUGAGGUAAAAUUCAAGAAGUUUAUCGAAAGAUAGAUGGAGAAGACCAAGUUUUUGCCUUUGCCAUGAGUAUACAAUACAGUGAAGACCAUUAUAUUUGCAAAGCCAGGCCAAGUUUCACUGCCAAAGGACAAGUCAAACAAAGUGCUUGUCUGAAAGUCAACACUUUUACCAAAUGCUAGCUAGGGUUUUAUCAUUGAAGAGGAAGAGAAAGAGGUGGUCGUGUGGUAAUUUUGAUUUUGAUAUCACUUUGUAUUCUAUUUGUGUUAUUUUCCAUACCAAAUCGUAUACGUGCUUACAGUUUGAACUUUGAUAUACGCUUUUGCUUCCACAGCAGAAGUUUGUCUU